ACCGUUCGUAAAACUGAUUGGUUUCUCAUUUUCGGAUCGUUACUGAAUACACUGUGAGCCAUUUAGGCCGCAUUUCUCGCGUUUUCGGUUGGCAGAAUUGGCAAUUUCCCAGGGUUCAGCGAUCAAUGUCACGCGCCAGCGCUAUCGCUGUCCUCUCUGAAUCCCCACAGCGUUCAGUUCACAAAGUUCGUCGUGAAUCACAUGUGCGAAACAGCCCCUUUGUUAAAAGGCCACCAUUGCAGACCCGCAGCGACAACGAAAAGUGGGGCGCCCGAUGCGCCCCCCGUUCUCACCCAGAACAGGCGCAGUCCUAUAUUUUGUAUACGAGACAUUAUUAACCAAAAAUAUAGUUGGGAGUUCAGGGCCCGAGCCAGCGAGGUGUAUGACUUCGCAGCGUCGAAAGCUUACCCCUUUUAGGACUACAAAAUUUUCUUCCAAUAGGCACCGGAAACUGCAGCCUUUUAGAGAAACGUGACUUUUCUACCCUGCCGAUACCAACGCUAUCAUCGACCGUCACGUUUUGUUUUUAGCUUACCUCUAUUGCCAUCAUUAGGACGUCUGGUUCAACACAUCAUCCAGACGGGCGCUUCUACCCUACCUUUUUUUUAGUUUAAAUUGGUGUUCUUCCUUUUGUCAGCCGAGUAAACGCACGCCUCAAGAUGAGCGUGAACGUUAACCGAAAUGUUAGCGAUGUUUUCUAUCGCUACAAGAUGCCCCGGCUUGUUGCCAAAGUAGAGGGCAAAGGCAACGGCAUAAAAACCGUGAUAGUGAACAUGGCUGAAGUUGCAAAGGCUCUUGGCAGGCCGCCCACUUACCCCACCAAAUAUUUUGGUUGCGAGUUGGGCGCCCAAACACUGUUUGACUUCAAGAACGAGCGUUUUAUUGUGAAUGGGUCUCACGACGCCAUCAAAUUGCAAGAUUUACUCGAUGGCUUUAUUCGGAAAUUCGUCCUUUGUCCAGAGUGCGAAAAUCCUGAAACCGAUCUACUGGUCAGCACCAAAAAAAACACCGUUUCCCAGGGGUGCAAAGCAUGUGGUUACCACGGGCUUCUGAUCAGCAACCAUAAGCUGAUGACUUUCAUUUUGAAAAAUCCUCCAAAUCUGAAUCCAGCCGUUCAGGGCUCGUCUUUGACUGAGGGCAAGCGUAAUAAGCGCAGCAAGAAGGUGAACGGUGAAAAUGGGCCUGAUAAUGUUGAUGAAUCCGGCUUGGAAAGUUUGGAUGCUUCGCAAGACAAUGGAGCCGAAGAGGAGGAUGAUAACGAAAAAGUGUGGACAGUUGAUGUGUCCGAAGAGGCCGUUCGCGCUCGCAUGCAGGAUCUAACUGAUGGAGCCAAGUGCAUGACAAUCAGUGACGAUCUGGAAAAGACCGAAAAGGAGCGCAUGGACAUCUUUUAUAACCAAGUAAAGAGGAAGUUGGAUGCAGACAUUUUGGACAAGGCGGAUGAUCAGAAGGAGCUUUUGGCUGAAGCUGAACGUUUGGAGAUUAAAACGAAGGCCCCGUUGGUUCUGAUGGAACUGCUUUUCGAUCAGAAUGCUUUGCAACAGGCAAAAAAAUAUCGUCUGUUACUGCUACGUUUUACACUGAACGACAAAAAGGCUCAGCGUUAUCUAAUUGGGGGACUGGAACAAGUUGUAGCUUUGCAUAAGGACGUGUUGAUGCCGAGAGUUCCUGCCAUAUUGAAGGUGCUCUACGAUCUGGAUAUUUUGCAAGAGGCAUCUCUGCUUGAGUGGGCUGAGAAGGUGUCUAAGAAGUACGUCCCUAAGGAGGUAAGCCAGGAGAUUCAUAAUAAGGCGGCACCUUUUGUAAAGUGGCUCAAGGAAGCUGAUGAGGAAUCAUCAGAGUCCGAAGAGGAGUCUGAUGAUGAUGUCGAAAUCGAGUACAACGAUCGUGCUCAAGUUACGCCACUCAAAUCGGCUACCAUCACGCCUGCGAAGGCUUCCAAACCGGAGGACGAAGGCGAAGAUGAUGUCGAUAUCGAUGCAAUUUAACGGCAGGAUAACAGUUACAUGCUGCUGCUCUUUUAAUUCGUAACGAUGUGUUUCUUUUUUUACAUUACUUUCACUCUAUGCUUAAAAAUGGUGUUCACUAUAUUUACCUGAUAUAAUUAGGUUAAUAUUGUGUUUCGGGCAAACGCUCCUAUGGUAAAUUCAAAUUUAUUAUUGUUUUAGUGUCAAAAAUAAAUACAUUUUAAAUUGGGAA